CACUUUAUCCGAUUGAGCUCCGUCGUCACUAAAACUUUCGCCGACUUCACAAUCCAAAAAUGAGUAACAAAGCCUAGAAGACCAACAGAGCUGCAUUGAUUAAGGAACGCAGCGAGAAAUGAGCAGGAUUGCUGUCUCUGGGGGCAUGAAGGAAGGAGGUUUUGCCGUCUUUGAUGUCACACCACACAAGGUUGCCGUCUGCCACUUGAUCCAGCUCUUUGCUCCGCCUUCGCAGCAGACCGUCCCCUUCCCUUUCGAGUCCAUUUGCCAGCACAAUCGCCUCGGCCUCUUCAUUUUCUCUCUCACCAGGGCAUGCAAUGAUUUUGUGGAGCCUACUUUGGUGGAUUUGAUAAAUCAGUUGAAGUCGAUUGGGGAUUCAGCUAAAUUUUGGUUAUGUGAGCAUUUGAUGAACAGUCUGUUGGAGCUAUCUUCGCCGGAUGAUUUGUUUAAUUUUUUCGAGAAACUGAGAGCUGUUAUUGCUGCUCCCGAGGGCGUUCAUCUGGAAGAUGACCAAGUAUUUUUGGAUCCUAACAGCCAUUUGGGAAUGUUCUUGCGUUGUUGCAUACUUUCUUUCAAUUUGUUGACAUUCGAGGGUGUCUGUCAUCUUUUGACCAAUGUAUCCACAUAUUGCAGCUCAGGUGAUCCUAAUUAUGAGCUACAGAAAGAUCUUGAUGAAUCAGAGUUUGACGAGUCACUGGAUGGUGCUGAACUAUACAAUGAAAUUGACGUUUUUCAAAAGUGCAGGCAUAGUUUUCGAGACAUUUCCACCGGAGAAGGCUCAAAAUCACAUAUUCGCUCACCUAGAUUGAUUUCUCACCCCAGAAAUGAUACCCAACUUCCGGCUGAUUCUUGGCACAAAGGCCUGGACGGUGAUGCUGAGAGCUGUGAAAUUCUUUCUUCCUUGACCAACAGCUUGGAAAGUGAUGUUCCGCAAGGUUUCAUGCGCACAAGGUGGCAAGUGGAAGGAUAUCUUAACAUGCAAGCUGAUUUACUCGAGAAGGAUGCAGGCUCUUUUCCUAUGAACUCAUUCGGGGCUAUUCUAAAACAACUACAUAAGCUAUCCCCAGAUCUGCAUCGAGUUGAGUAUUUACAAUAUUUGAACAGUCUUUUCCAUAACGAUUAUUUAACUGCUUUGGAAAAUCUGCACAGUUACUUUGAUUACAGUGCUGGGAAUGAAGGUAUUUUUAAUCGUUCAUCUGCUUCACCGCCUGAAAUUUAUGUUGGACGGUAUCAGACUGCACUAUUGUGCUUGGGCACCAUGCACUGUUAUUUUGGACAUCCAACGAAGGCCUUGGAGGCUUUAACUGAAGCUGUGAGAUUUUCUCAGUUAAGCAAUGAUGAUGCCUGUCUAGCUUAUACAUUAGCAGCCAUUUGUAAUCUGUUGUCAGAUGUAGGCAUUUCAAAUACAGCAGGACUUUUGGGUUCUCAGGAUUUGAGUUUGGGUGCACCUCUGACCACGCAGCAACAAUUACUUGUCCUUCUAAGCAGGUCUAUGAAAAGAGCUGAUAGUCUAAAACUAGUGAGUCUUAUGGCCUUUAAUCGCCUUUCUUUAUCAAAGUUUGAGCUCAAGAAUGUUAGAAGAUCAUUGCUAUGUUUUGGUCCUAAGAGUUCCACAACGCUUAGAACAUGCCCUGUUACUGUUUGCAAAGAAUUAAGAUUGUGUUCCCAUGUUAUGAGCGAAUAUGGAUCUGAUGGGCUACUUCAGCCAAAUGAUGAUGGAGCUUUCAGCACCUCGUGGAUCCAAAAUCUUUCAGCUGCUAGCAGUCCCUCAUUUAGGAAUAUAAGAAAAUUGAGGAGUUCAUCGGUCAAUGAUUUUGAUUUAUUUCACUUUGAUGCACAACCAAAUCCAAUUCCAGGGUCUGUUCUGCAAUUGGCUGGUUCAUCAUAUUUGCUUAGAGCUGCUUCAUGGGAGCUAUAUGGAAGCGCUCCACUUGUCCGACUAAAUGCAUUGGUUUAUGCAACGUGCUUUGCUAAUGGUGCAAGCUCAACAGAUUUAUCUUUAGCUCAUGUAAAGCUGAUCCAACAUUUGGCGAAUUUCAAAGGAUAUAAGGAAGCUUUCAAAGCUCUGAAGCUUGCUGAAAAGAAGUUCUCACGGGUGACAAAAUCACGCAUUCAGCUUCUCAAGCUUCAGUUACUCCAUGAGCGUGCUUUACAUAGAGGGCAGUUGAAAAUUGCACAACGGAUGUGUGAUGAAAUUGGGGUGCUGGCCUCCUCCACAAGUGGAGUGGACAUGGAUCUUAAAACCGAGGCGAACUUGCGGCUUUCUCGUACUUUGCUUGCAGCUAACCAGUAUAGUAAGGCAGCAGCUGUGGCACAUUCGCUAUUCUGCAUGUGCUAUAAAUUUAACAUGCAAGUUGAGAAUGCCAAUAUUCUUCUAUUACUAGCUGAGAUACACAAGAAAUCGGGCAACUCAGUUCUCGCUCUUCAAUAUGUAUUAGCGAGUUUAUCAUUUUGUCAAGCCUUUAAUAUGGAUCUACUCGAAGCAUCUUCUACAUUGACCCUUGUGGAGUUAUGGUUGUCUUUGGGAUCGAACCAUGCGAAGAGAGGUUUGAGCCUUUUGCAUAGAGUGCUUCCUAUGAUUCUUGGCCAUGGAGGGUUACAGCUUCGUGCAAAGGCAAAUAUAAUUCUAGCCAAGUGCUACUUAUCAGAUCCAACUUUCUUACUUUACACAGAUUCUGAUGUUGUGCUGGAUCCCUUAAAACAAGCUGCUGAGGAGCUUGAGAUUCUGGAGUAUCAUGAAAUGGUUGCAGAGGCAUUUUAUUUGAUUGCUAUGAUCUACAACCAUCUUGGACAAUUUGAAGCAAGGGAGGAAGCCGCAAGCUCGUUUAGAAAACAUAUCACUGCUCUUGAGAACCCCCAAAUUGAGGAAGAUCCAUUUAUCUAUGAAGUCUAACAAAAAGGCAACUAAUCUAUCUUAUUGUGGUUUUAGCAGCUUUCUAGAAAAUGUGGAUAUCUGAAGAUCGUUUCCUCUUCACCUGGGAAGGAAGUGAUGAUUGAAAGAAGAUGGCAGCAAAUGGUUCCUCUGGAUAUCCU